AUUUUGGCGGGAACCAUAUAUUGUUGAAAGGAAGGAAUAACAGAUAACUGAUUCGAUUCAAGUCUUGUAACUCUAACGCAACUCGGUCCAUAAAGGAAUGAAUGAAUGAAUCUUCAAACCCUAAAUCGGACCAGAAAUCGUCAUCGUCGUCAUCAUCAAGAUGAACUACUACUGCACCCAAACGGAGAAGAAUUGAAUCGAAUCGAAUAGAAUAUUGGGAUGGAAGGGCAUCCUCCGGCGGCGGCGGCGGCGAGGCGGAAGGGCAUCGGGACGCGAGUGUGGCUGGUGGUGUCGGAAUCGGGAGAGUCGCACAUGGAAGAGGUCGGGAAGCACUCGAUCAUGCGGCGGACGGGGCUGCCCGGCCGUGACCUCAGAGUGCUGGAUCCGAUGCUCUCCUACCCCUCCACCAUUCUCGGCAGAGAAAGGGCCAUCGUCCUCAACCUCGAGCACAUCAAGGCCAUCAUCACCGCCAAGGAGGUUUUGAUGAUCAAUUCUACCAAUCCUCUCCUCGUUAACUUCAUUCACCAUCUCCAGGAACAUGUUUCUUCUCCCAGGGACUCAGCCCAGCAGGAGAAGGGUACUUGGGGUUCACCCUCUCUGAAUCCUCAUGUUAUGACCAAGCAGAAUGCUGAAAAUGACAGCCCAAGUAACAUGGCACAGACACUGGUACCUGCUGGCUCAAAGUCGUUACCUUUUGAGUUUAGAGCACUUGAAGCCUGUCUUGAGUCUGCUUGCAGGUGCCUUGAAUCUGAAACUCAAACACUUGAGCAAGAAGCAUAUCCAGCAUUGGAUGAACUGACUUCCAAAAUCAGCACACUUAACCUUGAACGUGUUAGACAGAUAAAGAGCCGUCUUGUUGCAAUAUCUGGUCGUGUACAGAAGGUUAGAGAUGAACUUGAACAUCUGUUAGAUGAUGACAAUGAUAUGGCUGAAAUGUACUUGACAGAGAAGCUCGUAGGUCACUCAAUGGAACACACAUCAAGGGAGGAAGUAUAUGAUGAGGCACCCGAGGAUGGUAAAGAAAGUGGUCAAGAUUCUGAGUCUGAGCACAACUCUGCUAUCCUUACUGCAAUAAAACCCAAUAUUGAGGAGCUGGAGAUGCUAUUGGAAGCCUAUUUUGCACAGAUAGAUGGAAUCUCACAGAAACUAUUCCAUAUGAGCGAGUAUGUGGAUGACACGGAGGACUUCAUUAACAUAAUGCUGGAUGAAAAGCAAAAUCAGCUACUGCAGAUGGGAGUGAUGCUGAGUACGGCAAAUAUGAUACUGAACGCCGGCAUUGUGGUGGUGGGGCUGUUCGGGAUGAACAUUAGUAUAAGCCUAUUUGAGGGCAAACCCAUCCAGUUCUGGGAAACAACCUUUGGAACAGUAGGAGGUUGUGUAGCUCUUUAUUUGAUUGCUAUUGGGUGGGGCAGGAAAAAGAAGCUCGUUUAGACUCAGAGAUCUUCCUUUCAUUCAUGAAUCAUGCAUUAUUCAUAGAUAGAUAGAUACAUACAUACAUACAUACAUGUUCUUCCUUCCUGCUAUAUAUGUAUAUAUGUAUGUUUGCUUGGCCUUGGCUUUGGCUUAAUUUA